AUGAAUGUGAAUGAACAAUAUCAGGAGCUGCUGGAUGCGGCGUUUGCUGCCAUGCAGCAUGCAUAUGCACCAUACUCCCGCUAUCAUGUGGGAGCUUGUGUGAAAACUAAGGAUGGAACGCUGAUUCCGGGGGCUAAUAUAGAGAAUGCUUCCUUCGGUCUGACGAAUUGUGCCGAGCGAAGUGCGAUAUUUGCCGCUUAUUCUAUGGGCUAUCGCAGGGAGGAUAUC